AUGAAAGAUACUAAUUCAUCAAGUGUUAUAAACCGAAGUAAAUGUAAAAUUAAGGAUAGUGACCUAGAUAAUAAUCAAACGAAUCCGAAUGAUUGUAAACUUCAUAAUAAUAAUCAUAAAGACGAAAAGAAUAAUUAUGAUAUUAAAGAGAAAGACGAAGAAUUGAAAAAAAUUUAUAUAAACAAUGGGUUUAUUAAGAUAAUGUUAUUUAUUAUAUUAACAUUUCAUUCGAUAUUAUUUUUUUUCGUAAUAAGAAUAAAAAAAAGUUGGAAUAUAAAUUAUAAAUUUAAAAAUGAAAAUAUAAUAUUUACUACAGAGAUUGUAAAGUUUAUCAUAUCUUUUUUUUUCUUUUUUAAAGAACAUAAAUUUAGUAUUAUAUUAGUUUAUAAAAGUAUACAGGAUAUAAUAACCAAAAGAAGAUUAUAUAUUGUAUGUUUAAUAAUACCAAGUCUUUUAUAUUAUUUUCAAAAUAUAUUUUUUUAUAUAUCAUUAGCAAAUAUACCUACUCCUUUAUUUCAGCUAUUAUAUCAAUUUAGAAUAUUCACAGUUGUUUUAUUUAGUUUUAUUAUAUUAAAAAAAAAAAUAAGUUAUUCUCAAAAGAUAUCUAUAUUGUUUCUAUUUUUAUCUUUAGCAUGUUUAAAAGAUUAUAAUAUAAAUAAUAAUGAUCAUAGAAUAUCAUAUGAUAAAGAAUCUAAAAUAUAUUCAUCAUAUCAUGAUAUUAUUUCUAAUAAUUAUUUCCUAUUGAAAGAUUUUUUAUUUCCCCAUAUGAAAAAAAAAAAAUAUAUAUGCUCUAAAAGAAAUAUACAUUUUCAUAAUUUCAAUAAUAAAAUUGUUCAUAUUAACAAUUUCCUGAUUCCAUACCUGUUUAAUCAUAUUGCAAAAAAAAAAAAAAACAUUUUUCAAAAUAUAAUAAAUAAUAAGUCUAUUCAAAAUAAGAACUAUAAAUUUUAUGAUGAUAGAAUGAAUAUAUAUAAGAAUAGGGAUAAAGGAAAUAUAUUACCACAGUAUGAAAAAUCAAAAUAUAACAAGAAUACAUCUAUUCCUAAUAAUAAUAAUAAUAAUAAUAAGAAGAAGAAGAAGAAUAAGAAGAAUUAUUAUAAUAUAUAUAGUAAUAUUUAUUAUAAUUUUUAUGAACACAGGAAACAAAAAAUUUAUAAAUAUCUUAUGAACUACAAAAAAUUAUCAUUCAACAAUAUAAGACAAAAUAUUAACAAAUAUCCAAAUUUCUUUAUAGGUAUAGUCACGACCUUCUUAUCAACUCUUACGAGCGGAUUUUCUAGCGUCUUUUUAGAGUUUCUGUACAAAAAUUAUGCAUAUUCUUUUUGGUUUCAAAAUAUGUGCUUAGCAUUUUAUACAAUCAUAUUUAGUUAUUUUACCAAAAAUUUUGAUCUUUAUAAAUUUUUUAAAAAUUUAAAAAAAAAAAAAAUAAAUAAAAAUAUAUUUAUAUAUAAUAAUGAACAGAAUGAUAAUACAAUAAAAAAAAUUAAUAAUAAUAGUACAAACAUUUAUCAUAAUAAUAUAAAGCAUCUAGAUAGUUAUUUAUUAUUUUAUUUAAUAAAAAAUUAUUUUUUUCAACAUUUUAAUUCAUUUGGAGAAUUUUUAUAUUUAUCCUUAUUAAUCAUUAUAAAUAGUAUUGGAGGUAUUUUAAUUGCCAUUUUUAUAAAAUAUUCUGGUAGUGUCUCCAGAUUUUUUGUUACACCUAUUAGUAUGCUAUUUAAUAUUUAUAUUUCAUCUAUCUAUUUUAAAGAUUUUCAUUGUACCCUUUCUUUUUUUAUAUCUUUAAUAUUUGUAUCUUUUUCCUUAUAUUUUUAUUUUAUAAAACCAAAUUAA